GGAGAAAAGGCAAAGGAAUAAAAAUAAGUUAGAGCGAUGUGGGGUUCAGGUCUGUUGCUCCUGCUGGUCGGACUCUGGCAUCAAUCCCAUGCUCAGAACUCUGACCCCAUGCUUCAGGAUGUAACACAGACUAUGCUUCCACCUGAUGGCCUUCACAAUCCAACACAGCUCAAUUAUGGGAUGGCGGUAACUGAUGUGGAUGGUGACGGCGACCUAGAAGUGGUGGUGGCAGGGUAUGACGGCCCCAACCUGGUUUUGAAGUAUGACCGCACCCAGAACAGGCUGGUAAACAUUGCUAUUGAUGACAGUAACUCUCCAUACUAUGCACUGAGGGACCGAGCAGGGAACGCCAUUGGAGUUACUGCCUGUGAUGUGGAUGGAGACGGACGUGAGGAGAUCUACUUCCUCAACACAAACAAUGCCUACUCUGGACGGGCAACUUACUCAGACAAGCUCUUCAAGUUUCGUAAUGGCCGAUUUGAGGAUCUGCUCAGUGACGAGCUCAAUGUGCGUCGUGGCGUUGCUAAUCGCAUGGCAGGACGCUCUGUGGCAUGUGUCGACAGAAAGGGAACUGGCCGCUACUCCAUCUACGUGGCCAACUAUGCCAGUGGCAACAUCGGCCCCCACGCCCUCUUAGAAAUGGAUGAGGCUGGCAGUGAUUUGACCAAGGGCAUCAUUGCUCUGUCUGACGUAGCUGCUGAAGCUGGAGUGAACAAGUACACUGGCGGCCGUGGCGUGGUGGUUGGACCAAUCCUAAGCCAGUCAAGAUCGGAUGUGUUCUGUGACAAUGAGAACGGACCCAACUUCCUGUUUAAGAACAAUGGAGAUGGGACUUUUGUUGAUAUGGCCAGAAAGGCAGGUGUGGAGGACCGAUACCAGCAUGGCAGAGGAAUAGCACUAGCUGACUUCAAUGGUGAUGGAAAGACGGACAUCGUCUACGGCAACUGGAAUGGCCCACACAGACUUUUCCUGCAGGGCAGCGACUUUAAAUUCCGGAAUAUUGCUACUGGAGGAUUUGCCACCCCCUCCCCUAUUCGCACGGUCAUCGCUGCAGACUUUGAUAAUGACAAGGAGCUGGAGGUGUUUUUCAACAAUAUUGCCUACAGAGGCAACGCCCCCAACAGGCUGUUCAGGGUGUCGAGGAGAGCUGAUGCAGACCCUGUGAUCCAGGAGCUUAAUGUGGGAGAUGCUGCAGAGCCACAAGGAAGAGGAACAGGUGGCACUGUGACAGACUUGGAUGGGGACGGACAGCUGGACCUGCUGUUGGCUCACGGCGAGAGCGCCCAGCAGCCGAUCUCUGUCUUCAAGGUCACGCAGGGCUCGUCCAAUAACUGGCUGCGUAUCAUCCCUCGCACCAAAUUUGGCUCUUUUGCUCGAGGUGCCAAGGUAACAGCCUUUACCAAACAGAGUGGGGCCCAAACACGCAUCAUAGAUGGAGGCUCAGGGUACCUGUGUGAGAUGGAGCCUGUUGCCCACUUUGGCUUAGGAAACGAUGUGGUGACCGUACUGGAGGUCUCUUGGCCUGAUGGCAGCUCCCUCACUCGUGUCGUUCAGCCUGCUGAAAUGAACUCAGUGGUGGUAGUAGCCUAUCCCACAGGGAGGGAAAUGUCUGUGCUUGCCAAUGACACACAGUGUGGUAAAGGCUUUACUGUCAAGAACGGCCGCUGCGCAGGUAUUUGAGGACAAUCACAUGUAAUGCAAUAAAAACCUGUGUGGCAGACAUUUUAUUUUUCUUUCUUCUGUAUUUUAGGACAGGGGCAUUGGUUUCUUUACUCUAUGAGUAGUUUUAAUUUUGUUUUACUAUUUUUUUUAAACUUUUUUUUAUUUCAUUAGUUUCAAUU